UCUCCUCUCUCCCUCUCUCCUCUCUCUCCCCUCUCUCCAUCUCUCUCUAGAGUCUAAACCCAAAAUCCGUCUCCGAUUUCGUCUUCGAAUCGCAUAAGCUUCUCGUGAAAUCGCAGGAUCAUGGUACAUUGGCAAGGGUUUAAUUUGCGUUUUCUAUGGAGCGUUUUUCUGUUUUUUUGAAUGGGUGAAUGCGAUUAUCUGUGCUUAGUUUGGCUCGGCGAAGUUGGUUUAGACUGAAACUGGGUUUUAUGAUUCCCUUUUUUGCGCAGUUCUUUGCGAGAUGAGAGAGGGCUUGAGAUCUGGGAAGUUAAAUGUGAAGGACGGUGGGAACAGUGGGAAAGGAUGUCAAGAACACCGUUUAGGUUCUGAUUCUAAGGGUGAAAAGGUUACGCACUUGGCUUCCGGCAGUCCGGAGACGGAGAGGGAGUCUUCGGGCCUGCGAAUUGGGGGGAAGAAUGGUGAGUUGGACAAUGAGGGGUUUGAAGAAGGAAGUGGUGGUGGUGGUGGUGGUGAUGGUGGAAGUGGAAAGGUUGGAGUAGCUGAUAGUGUUAGGAAGAGGAAGCGAGUGGAUGGGGGUGAAGAAAUUGGCAAUGGUGAUAUUGUGGAAAAGAAGGCAAAGGAGGAAGUAGAAGAGGUUAAUGAUAAAUCACCGGUUUACCGUAGGGUUUUGCGAUCGAGUGUUGUGAUGAAUGGUGGGUAUAGUAAAGUGGGGAGUGAGGGUGUUUUGGAUCAGAAGAGUAGUGGUGAUGAUGGUUGUGAGAAGAAAUUGGUUGAGGAGAGAAAGGGGAAGUGUGAUGAGUUGGUAAAUAAGCGCGGAGGGAAGUUAAAACGAAAGCGUGGUAGACCGCCGUUGGCAAAAAACAUAGAGAGUGAUGGCAGUGGGUCGAAGGAGUUGAAAGUUAAGCGUGGGAGACCCUGCAAGGUGGAAAAGGAAGAGCAUGGCUCAUUAGCAUCGGAUGGUGGGUUGAGGAAGAGGUCAAAAGGUAAGCGUGGGAGACCCCGCAAAGUGCAAGAGGGAAAUGGAGCGUUGAAGCGUAAGCGUGGGAAACCCCUUAAAGUGCAAGAGAGCAGUGGAGUUAUGAAACGUAAGCUUGGGAGACCCCCAAAAGUGCAAGACAGAAAUGGAGCCUUGCGACUUAAGCUUGGGAGGGCAUGUAAAGUGGAAAAAUCAGAGCGUAGUACAUCAGAAUCUGAUGGUCGAUUGAACAAGAAGUUGAAGCCUGAGCAUGGCAGACCCGUCAAGGUGCAAGAGGGAAAUGAAGUUUUGAAGGGAGAUGAUGACAAGGAAGGAGAAGUAAGUGCGGAAGACAAAGAACACAAUCCAUUGGAGUCCGAUGGUCUAUUGAAGAAGAAAUUGACAUGCAAGCCAGGGAGACCACCGAAUAUGCAAGAGAGCAAUGGGGUUUUGAAGGGGGAUGGUGAUAAGGAAGAAAAGGUAAGUAAGGAAAACAAAAGGGAUUUUGAAUCACAAAGUAAAACCAAGCAAAAUGUGUCAGCUUCCUUGCAAGAGAGCAAUGGCGGGGUUGUUGAUAAGGACAGAGAAGGAAAUACAAAAGAAAGAAGGGGUUUGGAAAUGCAAGAAAGAACUAAGCAAAAUGUUCCAGCUUACUUUUCUUACCUGGAAAGAGUUCUUAUUGGUAAAGAAUUGAAUAUGAGGAGAUUUCCAUCCACAAAGGAGAGAAAAAACGGGGCAGAUUCGGAGACCAGAGAAAAUGAUGGCUUAUCAGAUAAGAUAUCCAAUACAGUCUAUGCAGUUAGCCUUAAGAACCAGAAGGUUGUUAAUAAAAGAAAAAUUACAACGAAGGAUGAAGAUGUGGAACCAGGUAAAAGGAUGGUAAAGCAGUCAGUGCGAGAUAAGAUUGUAGAAGUACUUUUGACUGCAGGCUGGACAAUUGAACGUAGGCCUAGGGCUGAGAAACAAUAUCUUGACGCAGUGUACGUUACUCCACAAGGGCAUACUCACUGGUCUGUCACCAAGGCUUAUAAGUACCUUAAAAAGCAUUAUGAAAAUGGGGAUGGCGAAUCUAAGGUUUACAAAACUGGUUUCAAAUUUAUUCCUAUACCAGAGGAGGAGCUCAGUAUACUAACAAAAGUUAUUGUUAAAAGAAGAAUGUGGAAAAAGAAGUUGAUGCCAACGGAGGAAGAUUGUGGAAGGGCAAAUGGUAAUGUUUUGAGCAAGAAAAAGUUCAAAAAGAAACUGGUUGGAAAGUCACAGAGAGGGAGGACCAAGGGAAAAUCUUUGCUUCCAGAUCAUAAAAAUUCAGCUAAGCACAAGGGUAUGCCAGUUGUGGCCCGAAAUCCGAAACAACAUUGCAGACGAAAUGGUAAACGCCCUACUCUUUUGGUUCGCAACUCCAUGGAGGAGGCAGAUUCAGAUGCUGAUGGCUAUAUUCCAUAUGCUGGGAAAAGAACUGUGCUUGCCUGGAUGAUUGAUUCGGGCACUGUUUCACUCAAUGAGAAGGUGCAGUACAUGAAUUACAGAAAGACAAGAGCGUUACGGGAGGGUAGAAUAACAAACGAUGGCAUUUGUUGUGACUGCUGUAGUGAAACCUUAACAACUUUAGAAUUUGAAAUCCACGCGGGAAGUAGACUCUGUGAGCCAUUUAAAAACAUAUGUCUAGAGUCUGGAACUUCCCUCUUGCAAUGCUUGUUAGACUCGUGGAAUAAACAACAUGAAUCUGAACGCGAGGGAUUUCUUUAUUUAGAUGUCAAUGGUGAAGACCCAAAUGAUGAUGCGUGUGGUAUAUGCGGAGAUGGUGGAGACUUGAUCUGUUGCGACGGUUGUCCAUCAACAUUCCAUCAGAGUUGUUUGGAUAUACAAAAGUUCCCUUCUGGUGAUUGGCAUUGUGUGUAUUGUUCAUGCAAAUUUUGUUGGAUGGCUGGUCGCAAUGAAUGUCAAGAGGAUGAUAAUGAUAAUUUGGCUGCAUUGGAGUUACUUACAUGCCAGUUCUGCGAGGAAAAAUAUCAUCGAUCCUGUAGUAAGGCAAAAGAUGCUGAAUCUGUUUAUUCCAAUUCGUCCUUCUGUGGGAAGAAAUGUGAAGAGCUGUUUAAGAAACUGAAGAUACUUCUUGGGGUUAAACAUGAUCUGGAAGAAGGUUUCUCAUGGACUCUUGUUCGCCGAGCCGAUAUCGACCCAAGUAUUUUUUUAAAUGAUAUACCUCAGAAGUGUGAUGCAGCACAGGAAAUCGAAUGCAAUUCCAAGCUAGCUGUUGCAUUGUCAGUAAUGGAUGAGUGCUUUCUGCCUCUUGUUGACAAUAGAAGCGGGGUCAAUCUGAUACAUAAUAUUGUCUAUAAUUGUGGGUCUAAUUUUAACCGUCUGAAUUAUCGUGGAUUUUUCACUGCAAUUCUAGAGAGAGGUGAUGAGAUGGUCUGUGCAGCUUCUAUACGGAUCCAUGGAGAUCAAUUAGCAGAAAUGCCAUUCAUUGGGACCCGUUAUAUGUACAGACGCCAAGGAAUGUGCCGUCGGCUUCUAAGCGUAAUUGAAUCGGUCCUCUGUUCUCUAGACGUUGAGAAAUUGGUCAUUCCUGCCAUCUCUGAACUUAAGGAAACAUGGACCUCAGUAUUUAGUUUCAGGCCCCUUGAAGUCUCGAGCAAGCAUAAAAUGAAAAAUAUUAAUAUGAUGGUUUUCCCACACAUUCAGAUGUUGGAGAAACCAAUGUUGAAGCUUCAGACUGCAGAAGAAAAAAUGAUUGUGGUGGAAGGUCUGGAGUCUACUGAACUUCAGGAGCACCAGAGCAAGGAGGAAGUAAUGUGUGAAGUUGCACCUCAUGGAGUUGGGAUAAAUGAACCUGUUGUUGAAUCCAGUUUGCAGAUUCCUGAUGGCUCCUUGAAGGAAACUGAUGGAAAAUGUUUGGGUGAGUUUGAUGUGCCUCGAGAUAAUCUUGAAGAUGAAAACGAAACCAUCAUGGACCCUUCAGGUUCAAUAAGCGGUCUUUGUGAACAGACUGAUAAAGAUACCACUGAAUAUAAGAAAGCUAGUUCUGGUUCAACCCCUCCGGUUCUUGAUCAGAGGGUAGUGGAGUUGAGCAGCCAAUCAAACCAGCGUUGUAUUUCUGAAAAGGAUAGCAAGUCUUUUGUUUUAUGUUGUUCUGAUUCUGAAGCUAAUGAAGGUGAGGCAUCGGUUCUCUGUGCUUCCAGGGAAGGUACUGAAAGGACUGGUUUAGCCGUAAAAGUAGAAAACCACAUUGCGACAGACAAUCUCAAUUCAUAUAACGAGGGUUCUAUACACCAUUCUACUGAAGUCAAUACUGCUGAACCUUGCGAAAAAGUCUUUUCACACGAGUUUGAAGUUCCUGUUAGAAAUGCUGUUAGCCAUUACUCAGAGACUACAAAUCAGAUAUCUAAUGGUGAUAUGGACUUCAACUAUCGUCAUACUGAACAUUAUAGAGACGAAAAGAUGCUUGAAAUUCAUGAAAUACAAAAUGAUCAAUCGGCUGUUGAGCAAGCAUCUGCAACACUCACUGAGAUUUGUUCGACAUCUAUUGAGUGUUCUGGUUCACAAACUCCUCAUACAAGCAAGGUCUCAAUUGAAGUGGUUCACCAAAUGUCAACCCAAAAGACAGAAGAUGAUUCUUCCCAAGGCAAUGGGCUUGAAAGCCAUGAAGUAUUUGUCUCUGCUCCAGUUGACACUAACUGUGAUCCUUCUUGCGGGGCAUUUAUCGACAGCAAUGGACUUUGCAAAUCGAAGGAGGUCAUAGCUGGUCGUCUUGGAGUUGUAGUGGACAGUCUCCAGGAUUGAGCUUGCUUUUUACCUCGGAGCCGUUUUGAUCUGAAUCACACGUGUAAGUUGUGUCCUGGAAGGCCUCAGUAAUUGCCAAAUCCUCGUAGCAAUCCGGCUUUGACAAUUGGGUCGAUGACUUUUGGCACAAAGGAACACUGAAUUGCUUCAUUUAUCUGGUUGUUCAGUAUGGUUAUGGCAGGGUGUAUUCUUGCGGUUCUUGUGCUGUGUUAAUUUUCAAGCCGGCUAGUUGAACAGUAAAAAAGAGGUGAUUUUGAUGGCAGAUAUUGACUUGAUUCUGUGACAGAUUAGAAAAUCAACUUACUUUUUCGAUCCUUCAUUGUCAGGUGGUAAGAGCAUAAGCUGCCAGUCGUGGAGGAAAUUUUGUUGGCGGGUAUUAUUGAAGGUUAAAAUACGUAAUUAUUUUUUGGAUGGUAGAUCGGCUAUAACAGCAUAUUAACUUCUUGGCGGCGGUUUGUAGCUUUAGUAUGUUAUGACUUGGUGGUUUGUGUAUUAUGGUCUCCCCAUGCUCAUUGUAAAUAUAAUACGAUUCAUCAAACUUUGAAAAAUGCAUUUUAAUGUGAA